AUGCCUUCAGCGACUGGAACCAAGCGCGUCAGGGGAGUGUCGAUUUUCAGACCGUUCGUUUUUGGCAGCGAAGCGCGGCCGUUCGACCCUGAGAAGAAACCCCCUCAUGUCCCAGCAGAUCACACCCACCAGUGGCGCGUAUUUGUGAAAGGAGUCAAUGACGAAGACAUUUCCUACUGGCUGAAGAAAGUUCAGUUCAAACUACACGAGACAUACGCGCAGAAUGUACGCACCAUCGAGCAGCCACCGUUUGAGGUGACCGAGACUGGCUGGGGUGAAUUCGAAAUCCAAAUCAAGCUCUACUUCGUGCCGGAGUCCGGCGAGAAACCACAGACACUAUGGCAUAGUUUGAAACUACACCCGUUCGGGCCCGGCGCGGAGGUCAAGAAAGAGCGCAGAGAGGUGGUGAUCAGCCAGAACUACGAGGAGGUUGUAUUCAACGAGCCCAUGGAACCGUUCUACGACCUCCUCACAGGAGGACCUGCCUCCCAGCAAACGCAGAAGGGCAAGGGAGGGAAGAAUACAAAGCAAGCCGCGCAGCAGCGUGGAGGUCGGACCGCCGAAAUACCUCAGAAUGAAACCCCGGAGAACCCCUACAGCAGGACGACUGAGAAUAAGGAGCUGGAUCGUUUAGAAGCGGCCAACAAGACGGUUGAGCAAAUGAUCAAGGAAGAAAGAGAGCGUCUGAUCGAGCGCGAAAAGAAGCUGGCCGAGCUACGAGAAAGCGAAGGCAUCCCUACCAACACUAAGAAGAGAUGA